CUGCUGGCUGGGUUCACGGGAAAUCCGAUCUCGAGAGAAGGUAACGCUGUAGCGCCAAACCUCUCCGGUGACAACCGCUCCGGAUUCUCCUGGCUCCCUCUGCUGGUUUAAACCAUGGAUACCCGGAACCUCUCGUUCCUAGGUUUGCUUUUGUCUGUAGCGAGCUCCUGAAAAUCUCGUAACAACGAGGUUAAGGUCCCUUUUUUAGCCUCGCCUUUCCAGGUGUCACGCUGUCUGGCUCUCUGGUUUCUCCUAGUUGAGGGAAGUACGUUGAUUUUCCCUGUGCAGAUAAGAGGUGGUGUCGACACCACGUAGUCUGUUUAAUGGCUUUAAAGAGAACAGCAAUAAAAUGGGAGAAUCCUGAGGCUGAACUAGAGAGUAUUCAAAAAUCUGGUGUUUAACUAAAUAGGCUGAAGGGAAAAGUUAUUUUGCCUUCAUAUACACCUUUGUGUCUAUAUGUAUAUAUGUGUGCAUGUAUGCAUACAUUUAUACAUGUAUUUAUAUGCCAAUACAGGAGCGUAUGUAUAUAUUUAUAUAUAAAACCAAAUGUGUGUGUAUGUAUAUAAAACCACACCUGUUUGCAGUUGCCUCAGCUCUGAAAUUAUCGUUCAUAAUGAACACUUGAAUGGUAGCCUGCAGUUUUAGAUAAGUUAACGUGAUAUGAAUAGCGUUGCUGCUGCUGUUCAGCAUAAAGAACUUUAAGAGUUGUAGGCACUUCCUUUUGGCUCUAUGCUUCCUUAUUCUCGGGAAGCUUGACUGCCAUCUGCAGCAUGGGGAGGACCGGGUUGGAACGGACGUUUUAGGAGCUUUCCCAGACAUCAGCAGUGUAAAUCACUUGUCUGAUGCUGAGAUCUAAACUGGUCCCAGCAGCCUUAAGUACUUGGAAAACGUGCAUAGAGAUCAUCUUUUCUUUGGUUGUUUUAUGUAUCAGCAAAUGGAAUUUCUGGCAAGGUUCAGAUUCUGAUUACCCUCUCAAUACUCACAUUUUGACUUUGAUAUAAAUGUCGAGUGUGUGUGAUGUUUGAUUUACAUGGUCAGGUUAAAUCUCUGAUUGGCGACUCAAGCCCGUUGUUGGUAUUACUCUGGUGUUUCACAUCACUGAUGUUGCUGCCUGACUGUGAAAGGUACCAGAAGUUUGAAUUUGAGUAAGGUGUUCAGGCCCGAAAAGGAAAAUGUAUCUUGGACUCUGGUCAUCAAACCUCAGUGUUCAUCUAGACCUGCAGAUAGGAAUUUAUUGUUUAAUCUGUUUUUGUUCUAAAGAAUAUAUACAGUUGUCUGUUCAGUUGUACUAUAACAAGUGCUCUAAAUGCUGUAUUUUUAGCAAGAGCAUAUCAACUGUUGAAUCUGAAAACUGCAAUGUGUAAUCCAUUGGAAUGUGUUUCAGCAAGCUCCAAAUUAAAAUAAUUUCCAGGAGUCUUUGACGCUACUACCUGAUAAAUAAAAGGGGGGGGUGGGGGUCAGUGAUGACAUACAAACAUACUUUUUUGGAGCUGUAAGUGGGAAGAGAAAAAAUGCUGAAUACAUGUGGUUAUCACUGCUGGAAGUGUUUAUGUAAAAGUGUAAGGUUAUUUUUUGUAUGCUCUUGCUAUAGCUGAAGCAUUGCUCUUGGGUCUAUUGCGUACUGAGCAAAGAGGAGUUGAGGACAUGUCUCAAUAAUGAAUUAAGGUAACUUUGUAGUACAAGAUUAUCUUUUUUCUGUACUGCAUUCAAAACAGCGGGGCCUCAUCCUGGUUGCAUCCUCUGUGCACGGUAGUACACAAACAUUAAAGAAUACAGAAGAUAAAAAUGACAGGAGCUUCUUGGCAGCACAAGGGAAGCCCUGUGUUCGCACCUCACUGAAAUUUUCUCCAGCUGCCAGUUGAUGUUUUCUGUCACGAUGUUUUAGUCUGUGUAAGUCCUCUGCAGUCCUCUGACCAGCUCUGUUCCCGCCUGCCCCUGCUCAGUAGUUUAGAUUCCCAUCGCUGUAUGUCUCUCUCCUGCUGCUCUGUGUAUCUCUCUGGAUCCUUGCUUCUCCCUGUGCAUACAAAUCAAUACUGCUUAUUUCCUCUUUCACCCAUUAGCGCCAAGGAGAAGGGGAGGGGGCUAGGAAGGACCAGAAAACCAGUCUUUUCAAGUUCUAGUAAAGCAGCUGUGGCUCUGUCCCUGCCCCUUAGACCAGCCCUCUGACUUCCAGAGAGGCUUUCCUACUCCUGACCCUGCACGGAGCGCUCCAAAGCCUGCCUUUUUGUAUUGGUUGCUGUAUAAGCAGAGGCACAGCACUGCUGAGAGAGGAUGUAGAUGUUCUUUUGAAUAUUUGGAGAUUGCAGGGGUGAGGAAAUAAAUCGCCUUCUCCUCCCUCUGAUGGGGUCCUGCACUUAGUCACCUCACCAGAUCUCUCCAGGAAGAAGUACAACCUGGCCUGUGUUGACACAGAUAACUUGAUUUGACAAGAGUAGGGAAGAUAACAGAAAGGAAGAUGCAGUUGGCUCUUUCCCAGCAAAUCAGUAGCUGUCACAUCCCCAGACCGUACCUUAGGUUAGCUUUUUUUUCUUUGCUCUUGCUUGCUUCCUCUAGCCGUUAGUUCAAAACAGCUGUUAGUCUUCGGAAGCAAAGACUUAAGUGGAAUUGCCUGUGAUUUUUAUUUCUGUUCUAGCAUACAUUUGUGGCCUGCUCCUUGCUGGAGAUUUAUCAACCUGCUUCGUUCCUAGGCUCAGGUUUAUAGGUAUGAUGAGACAUGUUUCUGCUAGUUCCACACUUUCACAAAAAAGUUUGUUGAUGUGGAUGACUUGGAAAUGGAUAGGUGACACUUCCAGUUAGAGGAUGGUUUGAAAGCAAAUGCAAAGACACCUUGUCACUGUCAGCCUAGAUUGGUAGGAAAACUUACCAGGCUUUUUUCAUUUAGAGCAUAUUAAUAAAAAAGUUAUUGCUAUAAUAAUCUAGUAAUUGGUAUACCACUAAUAAUUGGUAUACUAAGGUAGUGGCCUUCUACAAUGGAAGUGGACAAGGGAAGAACUACUGGUGUUAUCUACAUGGCCUUCUGUAAGGCCUUCAACACAGUAUCACAUAACAUUCUUGUCUCCAAAUUAGAGAUGGGUUUGACGGUGGACUGUUAGAAGGCUAAGGAGUUGGCUGGCUGGCUGUGUCCAAAGAGUUGCAGUCAAUGGCUCAAAGUCUAAAGGGAAAUUGGUAACGAGUGGUGUCCCUCAAGGGUCCAUACUUUGACCAAUACUAUGUAAUGUCAUCGUCGGCGACACAGGCAGUGGCAUUGAGUGUGGCCUCAGCAAGUUUGCAGAUGACGCCAAGUUGAGUGGUGCAGUUGAUUCGCUUGAGGGAAGGGAUGCCAUCCAGAGGGACCCUGACAGGCUUGAGGAGUGGGCCAGCUGAUGAUGUUCAAAAAGGCUAAGUGCAAGGUCCUGCACCUGGGUCAGGGCAAUACCCAGUAUCAGUACAGAAUGGGGAAUGAAUGGAUUGCGAUCAAUCCUGCGAAGAAGGACUUGGGAAUAUUGGUAGAUGAAAAAUUAGGUGUGAGCCAGCGAUGUGUGCUUGUAGCCCAGUUUUCCAGUCAUAUUCUGGGCUGCAUCAAAAGAAGCGUGGCCAGCAGGUUGAGGGAGGUGAUUCUCCUCCCUCUACUCAGCUCUCGUCAGAUCCCACGUGGAGCACUGUGUCCAGCUCUGGGGUCCCCAGUACAAGACAGACAGGGGCCUGUUGGACUGGGCCCAGAGGAGGCCAUAACAGUGAUCAGAGGGCUGGAGCACUUCUGUGAAGAAAAGCUGAGAGCAUCGGGUUUGUUCAGCCUGGAGAAGAGAAGACUCUGGGGAGGCAUUGUUGCAGUCUUUCACUAUAUAAAAGGGGAUUGUACAUAAGAAAGAUGGAGGGAGACUUUUUACCAGGGCCUGCAGUGACAGGACAAGAGGCAGUGGUUUUAAACUGAAAGCGGGUGGGUUUAGAUUGGCUGUGAUGAAGAAAUUCCUUACUAUGGGGGUGAUGAGACACUGGAACAGAAGAAAUGUGGAUGCUCCAUCCCAGGAAGUGUUGGAUGGUGCUUUCAGCAACCUGGUGUAGUGAAAGAUGUCCCUGCCCACGGCAGGGGUGUUGGAACCACAUGAUCUCUAAAAGUCCCUUGAACCUAAACCAUUCUAUGAUUUUAUUUACCUGGUGCAACCCUAAUUAAUGCUUUGACUGUCUUCUGCAGUGCCUGUUCACUCCAUUGUGUCUAGUGUAGAUGCAAAUAAUAACAAUUUUGAGCAGCAAACUUCUUAGCAUAAAUUAAAUAACUAGAAUAACUUGUUUUUCCUCUGCGCUAAGACUUAAGUAGCUACUGUGUAAUCUUGUAUGUUGUACUGCAAAGUUGCAAGUUGACAUUAAAAAUGUAGGUAGUAUGUUUCAUUUAUGAAAUAGAAUAGAUAAGUCUAACCAUUAAUCUUUGUUUCAGAUAUUUUUGUUGCAAGUAGAUAAAAUGGCGACAUUAAUUCACACUUUAGCAGAUCAUAGUGAUGAUGUCAACUACUGUGCCUUCUCAUCAUCGUGCUUGGCUACUUGUUCCUUGGACAAAACAAUUCGCAUUUAUUCUUUAAACGACUUUACUGAGCUUCCGUACUCGCCUUUAAGAGGUCAUACGUAUGCUGUCCACUGCUGCUGCUUCUCUCCAUCAGGACGUGUUUUAGCUUCAUGUUCAACAGAUGGCACCACUGUGGUUUGGGACACUCGCGAUGGCCGGAUGCUGGCAGUGCUAGAGCAGCCCAGUGGCAGUCCUGUUCGAGUCUGCCGAUUUUCUCCUGAGUCCACAUACCUAGUGUCAGGGGCAGCGGAUGGGAGUGUAGUUCUUUGGAACAUGCAGUCAUUGAAACUGUACAGAUCGGGGAGUGUUAAAGAUGGUUCUUUGGUGGCCUGUGCAUUUUCUCCUAAUGGAAAUUUCUUUGUCACUGGAUCAUCGUGUGGUGAUUUAACCAUUUGGGAUGAUAAAAUGAGGUGCCUGUAUAAUGAAAAAGCACAUGAUCUUGGCGUUACCUGCUGUGAUAUUUCUUCACAGCCGAUUUCUGAUGGUGAACGUGGAUUCAGAUACUUCCAGAUGGCUUCUUGUGGUCAAGAUAAUCAGAUCAAACUCUGGUUUAUUUUGUUUGCAGAUCUCCCAGGUGUUGAAUUAAAAUACAAAUGCACAUUGAAUGGACAUUCUGCCCCGGUUCUGGCUUGUGCAUUUUCUUACGAUGGGCAGAUGUUAGUUUCAGGGUCUGUGGACAAGUGUGUCAUAAUACAUGAAACUAGUACUGGCAAUACCCUUCAUACUUUGUCUCAGCAUACCAGAUAUGUUACAACCUGUGCUUUUGCACCACAUAGUCCCUUACUUGCCACAGGUUCAAUGGAUAAAACUGUGAACAUAUGGCAGUUUGACCUUAAGCAACCCUGUGCAGGAAAUACUGUACAAAAUGAGUCUAAGCUGGCUGUUGAGGACUGGUCAGAGGAUGAUGUUUCAGCCUGGCUUCAUGCACAAGACUUGGCAGACUUUGUCGAGCUUUUCAAGAUGAAUAACAUUGAUGGCAAGGAGCUGCUGAAUCUUACUAAAGAAAGUCUGACUAAUGAAUUAAAAAUUGAGUCUCUAGGCCGGCGCAGCAAAGUCCUCCAGAAGAUUGAAGAACUGAGGAUGACAAUGGUCUCUGUUUCUGCUACCAUCCCUGAUGAGUUCUUAUGUCCUAUAACAAGGGAGCUUAUGAAGGACCCUGUCAUUGCAGCAGAUGGCUAUUCCUAUGAAAAGGAAGCAAUGGAGAACUGGAUCAGCAAUAAAAGACGCUCCAGUCCCAUGACAAAUCUGCCUCUCCACUCGCUUGUGCUUACGCCAAACAGGAUGCUAAAAAUGGCCAUCGGCCGCUGGCUGGAGACUCAGCAGAAACACAGCUGAACCACUUUGUUUUGCAGUUGUUUAUGGAAGUUAAUUGCAAUUGUCUGUAGCUGAAGGAAAUAGUUGUGUCAGAAACAGCUGCAAAGAAGAAAUUGUGUUUUUGUUCUGAUCUGUGUCU